UACUAUUUUUUAAUUUCUAUUAAACACAUGGAAAAUAAGAGGAAUGUGACAGAAUUUAUUCUCUUCGGACUCACUCAGGACCCUAAUUUGGAGAAAAUUGUUUUUGUCAUCUUUUUCAUCAUCUACAUUAUGACCAUGGUGGGUAACAUGCUCAUUGUGAUCACCAUUAUUUCCAGCCAAACUCUCGGCUCCCCGAUGUAUUUUUUUCUUGCUUUCUUAUCCUUCAUAGAUGCCUGUUAUUCCUCAGUGACAGCCCCCAAAAUAAUCAUCAAUUCAGUGUCUGCAAGCAAAACUAUCUCAUAUGAAGGCUGUAUGACCCAGCUCUUUACAGAACACUUGUUUGGGGGUUCAGAAAUCAUUUUGCUUACGGUUAUGGCCUAUGACCGCUAUGUAGCCAUCUGCAAGCCUCUGCACUAUAUGACCAUCAUGAGCCGUCGUCUAUGCACCCUCCUUGUCAUGGUGGCCUGGGCAGGAGGCUUUCUUCAUGCCUUGAUCCAGCUCCUCUUUACCUUCCAAUUGCCCUUCUGUGGCCCUAAUGUUGUCGAUCAUUUCAUGUGCGACUUGUACCCAUUGCUCAAACUGGCCUGUACAGAUACGCAUGUCCUGGCUUUACUGGUGGCUGCCAACAGUGGGGUCAUCUGCAUGCUAAACUUCCUCAUGUUGCUUGUUUCCUACACAGUCAUCCUACUGUCUCUGAAGUCCCACAGUGCUGAGGGACGACGUAAAGCUCUGUCUACCUGUGGCUCUCACAUCACUGUGGUUGUCCUAUUUUUUGUACCCUGCAUUUUCAUGUACAUGCGCCCUCUGACUUUCUUCUCCAUUGACAAAACAGUAGCCGUAUUUUAUACUCUCAUCACCCCCAUGUUAAACCCUUUAAUUUAUACUCUGAGGAACAAGGAGGUCAAAAAUGCCAUGAGAAAGCUCUGGGAUAGAAGGGUGACAUCUGGAAACUAA